AUGCUCAAGAUAAUUAGGAAAGAUUUUUUGUAUAAGAGCCUGCUUUUAAAUCCUUACAGGUAUGGGAAAUUACCAACUGUGCAGCUUUCCCCAAUUGUCUCUUCAUCGAGAGCUUACAGUAAGAGACCUAUCACAGAUGCAAGGGAAGAUGCACCUAGUUUUAAGAAGAUCUUUCUGAUCGGGAUUGUUGGCACUGUAAUAUUUGUUGCUGCAGCACGUUCGUUGGACAAAAAUCAACCAAAGACGUCAUACUCGGCAGAAGAAUACGAACAAGUAAUGAAAGGUCUGAGAAGAAGAGUGACCCUGUUCAAACCUGGUGAGUUAGAAGUUAUAUUUGUUCCUACGGGCGACCUAGCCUCUGUCCAGAAGUAUUACAAGAAAGACCUCGAAAAAAUGAAGUAUAUAGAACCAAAAGAGAUUGUAAACCUCUAUAGAAAUAGAACCGAUGGCAAAUACCAGGCUCUACUGGAGGAUAUUUGGGAAAUGUAUGCAGAUGACUCCGUGAACAAUCUACCUCCUGGACUUCUAGUAUCCCUUUUGGAGUCUUACAUGAAGGAAACCUGUCAAAUCGGUGACAAGGUUGUCAUCACGAACUUUCCAAGAACUAUGAAAGAUGCAAUCAAAUUUGAAAGCGAAGUAUCAGUAAUAACGAAUAUCAUAAUUCCUAGAAAUGAGGCAGACUCCGAUAUCUGCAGAUAUUACGAUACAGUUUCAAAAGUAAAACGUGUAUAA